GGUCCUUCUCGGGAGGCCUUAGAGAUGGCGAAGGUUCUGGUGACUUGGGUUUGAGAAGCACGCAGUGUGGUUGGUGGCCAUGGAGGCCGUGCUGAGCGAGCUGGUGGCCGUUGACGAUUUAGUGAAAUUCGAGAAGAAGUUCCAGACGGAGCAGGCAGGGGGCUCCGUGUCACACAGUACCCAGUUUGAAUAUGCCUGGUGUUUGGUGCGAAGCAAAUAUAAUGAUGACAUCCGGAAGGGCAUCGGGCUGCUGGAGGAACUGCUACCUAAAGGAAGCAAAGAGGAGCAACGAGAUUAUGUCUUCUACUUGGCUGUGGGGAACUACCGACUCAAGGAAUAUGAGAAGGCUCUAAAGUAUGUGCGAGGGUUGCUGCAGACAGAGCCUCAGAACAACCAGGCCAGGGAGCUAGAAUGCCUCAUUGAUAAGGCUAUGAAGAAAGAUGGGCUGGUAGGCAUGGCCAUCGUGGGGGGGAUGGCCUUGGGCGUGGCUGGGCUCGCUGGGCUGAUUGGACUUGCUGUGGCCAAGUCUAAGUCUUGAAUUGCUCUACCACCAACACCCUCGGGACACACCUAACCUGCCCCCACUCGGAGAUGAAGCAGCCAAAGGGGCCGUGGAGAUGCUGAUACUGAUGUGUAAAAAGGGGGGAAGGGAGAGGGCCCUGUCACUUUUGUACCUUUAUUCCUAUUCCCCCCAUCUUCAUCCCCUUUCCUUCCUGAUUACUGUAUGCCCUUCAAUUUCUUUCCCAAGACCUGCCUUCCCCCAGGAUUUUGUGUUUUGGUAGAAUGUAAAUAAAACUGAGGGUUCUGGACUGAGA